AUGUACAACGCUCAUCGCGGAAUGGUGCCUGCGCCCAACUCUCGCCUGACCGAGUUACUCGAUCAACUGCGCCAGGAGUUUGAGAGCCAGUCCCGCAAUAAUGGCGAGUUUGAACACCAGUUUACCGGUCAGCUCCAGGAGAUGGAGAUGAUUCGCCAGAAGGUGUUUCAACUGGAGCAGACCCAGAUAAAAAUGAAGCAAGACUACGAAACUGAGAUUCGCAUGCUUCGACACGAGCUGGAAUCUCGUGGAGUGCAAACCGUCCCCCAUAUCGCUCCGUCGGCGCAUACAGCUCCCCAGGGUCAACCCCCCCAAGUGGGACACGGCCCCAGCAACCUGUUUAGUGGCAUAAUGGCCAACCAAGGAGGUAGUGGUCCCGGUCUUGCCCCUCCCCCUCCCCCUCCCCCGGAGCAGCAGCCUUCCCAGCAUACCCUCCAGCCUGCCGCCGCCCCGUCUGGUCAACCCCCGCAAGGCGGGUUUGGAUAUGCGCCGGCUGCUGUGCCCACCGCUGGAUAUGGUGGCCCUCCACCCCCUCCCACAGCCUCUCCAGGCCCUGGUAAGGGUCGCCGCACUGUCCCUGGCCCAGCUACUCCUCAACAGGCGCACGUCGCAUACCCCGAUCCCCGUGCCUCGCCCAACAUCACUCGUCCUACACCACCUGGGACUGCUGGUCAGAGUGCGCUCGUGCGUCCGGAGCGGAUAGGAAACUGCUUGGCCAAUUGGAACCCCGAUGACCUGCCUCCUUCGCAGAAGCGCGAGGGUUCUGAUUGGUAUGCCGUGUUCAACCCAGAGGUGCAGCGUGUUCUGGACGUGGACCUGGUGCAUCAUCUGAACCACGACAGUGUGGUCUGUUGUGUUCGUUUCAGUCGCGACGGCAAGUAUCUGGCGACGGGCUGCAACCGCUCGGCACAGAUCUUUGACGUGCAGACUGGACAGAAUGUCGCUACUUUACAAGACGAGAAUGUGGACAAGGACGGUGACCUGUACAUCCGCAGUGUCUGCUUUAGCCCCGAUGGCAAGUACCUGGCUACCGGUGCUGAGGACAAGCAGAUCCGGGUUUGGGAUAUUGCCUCGCGCACGAUCAAGAACAUCUUCACUGGACACGAGCAGGACAUUUACUCUCUGGACUUUGCCGGAAAUGGCCGCUACAUUGCUUCAGGCAGUGGUGACAAGACUGUCCGUCUGUGGGAUAUCUUGGACGGCAAGCUUGUCUACACUCUCAGCAUUGAGGAUGGAGUCACCACAGUGGCUAUGUCUCCCGACGGUCACUACGUAGCCGCCGGAUCACUGGACAAGAGCGUCCGCGUCUGGGAUACGACCACUGGUUACCUUGUAGAGCGAUUGGAGAACCCCGACGGCCACAAGGAUAGUGUCUACUCUGUUGCCUUUGCGCCUAAUGGGCGUGACCUGGUCAGUGGUAGUCUAGACAAGACCAUCAAGCUCUGGGAGCUUACUGUUCCGCGCGGUCUGCACCCUCACAACGGUGUCAAGGGCGGCAAAUGUGUCCGCACCUUUGAGGGUCACAAGGACUUUGUUCUGAGUGUUUGCCUCACGCCCGAUGGUCAUUGGGUCAUGAGUGGAUCCAAAGAUCGUGGCGUGCAGUUCUGGGAUCCCGUGACUGGAAAUGCCCAGAUGAUGCUUCAGGGCCACAAGAACUCUGUGAUCUCGGUUGCUCCCGCUCCAGUUGGCAACCUUUUCGCAACCGGCAGUGGAGACAUGCGUGCACGGAUCUGGAGAUACUCCCCGUACACUGGACGUUAA